CGCCGCAGCCGCGUCGUUAAAGCAGCGCUGCACGUCAUACUGCUGCCUGCUCUGUUAUACACCGGACGGGACUACUCAGCAGUCCAGCCCACGGAGGAGCCUUCUGCAAAAAUGGUGAACUUCACAGUUGACCAGAUUCGGGAGAUUAUGGACAAGAAGUCCAACAUCCGAAAUAUGUCUGUAAUUGCCCACGUGGACCACGGAAAGUCAACUUUGACAGAUUCACUUGUGAGCAAAGCUGGGAUCAUUGCCUCUGCGCGAGCAGGAGAGACCCGGUUCACAGACACCCGCAAAGACGAGCAGGAGAGGUGCAUCACCAUAAAGUCUACAGCCAUCUCUCUGUACUAUGAGCUCAAAGAAAAUGACUUGGCCUUCAUCAAACAUGGCACGGAUGGCCAUGGCUUCCUCAUAAACUUGAUUGACUCUCCCGGUCAUGUGGAUUUCUCAUCUGAGGUGACUGCUGCUCUGCGGGUCACCGACGGAGCACUUGUAGUUGUAGACUGUGUCUCAGGAGUGUGUGUCCAGACUGAGACUGUCCUCAGGCAGGCCAUUGCUGAGCGAAUCAAACCAGUUCUGAUGAUGAACAAGAUGGACCGAGCCCUCCUGGAGCUGCAGCUGAAGCCAGAUGAGCUCUACCGGACCUUCCAGCGCAUUGUAGAGAACGUCAACGUCAUCAUAUCAACCUAUGGAGAAGGGGAUCAUGGACCCAUGGGUAACAUCAUGGUCGACCCGGUGGUGGGGACUGUUGGUUUUGGUUCAGGCCUCCACAGCUGGGCGUUCACACUCAAGCAAUUUGCUGAGAUGUACGUGGCUAAGUUUGCAGCAAAGGCUGAAAAAAAGACUGCACUGCCACCUGCUGAGCGUGCUCGGAAGGUGGAGGAGAUGAUGAAGAAGCUGUGGGGUGACAAGUUCUUUGAUCCUGCGGCUGGUAAAUUCAGUAAGUCAGCCACUACUGCUGAUGGCAAGAACCUUCCGAGAACAUUUUGCCAGCUUGUGUUGGACCCCAUUUUCAAGGUUUUUGAUGCUAUCAUGAACUUUAAGAAGGAAGAGUCCGAGAAGUUGAUUCAGAAAUUGGAUGUAAAACUUGAUGCUGAUGACAAAGAAAAGGAAGGAAAACCCCUUCUGAAGGCGGUGAUGCGCCGCUGGCUGCCAGCAGGGGAUGCUCUGCUCCAAAUGAUCACAAUCCACCUCCCCUCCCCGGUGACUGCUCAGAAGUAUCGCUGUGAGCUGCUGUAUGAAGGGCCUGGAGAUGAUGAGUCUGCCCUGGGAAUAAAGAAUUGUGACCCUAAAGGUCCACUAAUGAUGUAUAUCUCCAAGAUGGUGCCUACCAGUGACAAGGGACGCUUCUAUGCCUUUGGUCGUGUUUUCUCUGGUGUCGUGGCCACAGGACAGAAAGUGCGUAUUAUGGGCCCAAACUUCUCACCUGGAAAGAAGGAGGACUUGUACCUUAAGCAAAUUCAAAGGACAAUCCUGAUGAUGGGGCGUUACAUAGAGCCCAUUGAAGAUGUGCCCUGUGGGAAUAUUGUUGGUCUUGUUGGAGUUGACCAAUUCCUGGUGAAAACAGGGACCAUCACCACAUUUGAGCAUGCCCACAACAUGAGGGUGAUGAAGUUCAGUGUUAGCCCUGUGGUAAGAGUGGCCGUUGAGGCCAGCAACCCGGCUGACUUGCCCAAGUUGGUGGAGGGUCUUAAACGACUAGCCAAGUCUGACCCUAUGGUUCAGUGCAUUAUUGAAGAAUCAGGGGAGCACAUCGUGGCUGGAGCUGGGGAGCUGCACCUUGAAAUUUGUCUGAAAGAUCUGGAAGAAGACCAUGCUGGCAUUCCCUUGAAGAAAUCUGACCCUGUGGUUUCCUACCGGGAAACAGUCAGUGAGGAAUCAAGCAACAUCUGCUUAUCGAAAUCCCCAAAUAAGCACAACCGGCUGUUCAUGAAAGCACGUCCCCUCCCUGAUGGUCUGGCUGAGGAUGUGGACAAAGGAGAAGUGAGCCACAGACAAGAGCUAAAACAGAGGGCCCGCUACCUGGCUGAGAAGUAUGAGUGGGAAGUGACAGAGGCACGCAAGAUCUGGUGUUUUGGGCCUGACGGGUCAGGGCCCAACAUGUUGAUCGAUGUCUCCAAAGGGGUCCAGUACCUGAACGAGAUCAAGGACAGCGUUGUUGCCGGAUUCCAGUGGGCCACCAAAGAGGGUGCACUGUGUGAGGAAAACAUGAGGGCGGUGCGUUUCGACAUCCACGACGUGACCCUCCAUGCAGACGCCAUACACAGAGGGGGUGGACAGAUAAUCCCAACUGCCCGCCGUGUCCUUUAUGCCUCUAUGCUCACUGCUCAGCCCAGGCUUAUGGAGCCCAUCUACUUGGUGGAGAUUCAGUGUCCAGAGCACGUGGUGGGAGGCAUCUACGGCGUACUGAACAGGAAGAGAGGCCAUGUGUUUGAGGAGAGCCAAGUUGCUGGGACGCCCAUCUUCAUCGUGAAGGCCUACCUUCCCGUCAACGAAUCAUUCGGUUUUACAGCAGACUUGCGAUCGAACACAGGUGGCCAGGCCUUCCCUCAGUGUGUGUUUGACCACUGGCAGAUUCUGUCGGGAGACCCCUACGAGGACGCCAGCCGGCCAGCACAGGUGAUUGCCGAGACUCGCAAACGCAAAGGUCUCAAGGAGGGCAUCCCAGCCCUGGACAACUUCCUGGACAAACUGUAACCGUCUUU